AUGAGUUUAAAAAAUUUCCAACAAAUGAAUCAGUUUAUCAACAAAUACAAAUCUGACAUUGAAAAAGUUGAAAAUGCAAGACAUAUAAUUGAAGAAAAUGAAGCCAAACUUCUUUCAAUCAUACUCGACCUUUUGGAAAAGACUAAUUCUGAAGAGUUAAUCUCUAUAAUAGAUGAAGUUUAUCAAGAGAACACUGAAGUAAAAUUUGUUAUAAGCGAAAUUCCUAAAGAACUUAUUAGGAAAAGGAAAAC